AUGGCCACACAACCAGCCCCAGGCCACCCGAGCCGAGGGCUGCGACUCGAGCGACGCCUUUCUGCAUCAUCCGAUCUUGUCGGCCAUGCUCAAGAGAGCUUCUUCAGGUGCCUCGCCCGAUGGAUCACAAGAUACCCUGUUCUUGCCAUCGCAGUAUCGCUGACGGCAUAUCUGGCAUGUGUCCCGGGAAUGCUGCUACUGCCGGGUUCAGAAAGCAUGUUUGGCAUCCUCAGAAUCAAGACGGGCUUCUUGGACACGUUUACUUUCAAGACGACCGACGAGUACAGAGACUACAAGCGUGGGACAGAUGUCUUCCCGGACACGAGAAGCCUUGUCUUCAUCGCCAAGCCACUGAAUGGACGUCGGCUAGUAUCUUCUGAUGUGAUGCGACAGAUACACAAAGCAGAGGUGCAGAUAGAGGAAGUAACCCGGUUUGAAUCGGUCCAGGGGCAUCAGCUGGGUUUCCGUGACGUUUGCGAAAGGUUCAAUUCGGGUUCGCCAUGCAUGGUAAGCAGCGCUACUGCCACACUUCUCGGGAAAGAUGUCGCAGCCCGUCUGUCUGAGCUCGAAGCACUGGAGCUGGACAGGAGCACACCUGCCCAUGUGGCAGCGGCGUUGCUUGUGGCUGGGAUGAGCGUGCAGCAACGUUCAAGCUUGCCGCUUCUCAUUGCUUCGUCGCGACCUUUCCCUGGCCCUGAUGCCAGCGAGGCUUCUCUCAGUGAAUGGCUGCUUGAAGGCACUGCUGCCAUGUCAACUUUCACACUGUUGGACACCGAUGAUGGCGUUCGCUUCGAGAAGCAGGUUGCAAAGGACAUCAACCAAAACGGCUACCCCGAGAAUGCGAUCGUUAGAAUCAAUCAGUUUAGCUCCUCGACUAUCGCAACGGAGAGUCUGCUGAUCGGUAUGGACAACGUCCCACUCAUUGGAAUCACCAUUUCCAUCAUGGCAGGCUACCUUGUCGUCAUGCUUGGCACUGACACGAGAAUCCCAGGGAACUCUCAGGUCAAAGUCCUCUUGGGAGGGACUUGCAUUCCAGGGUUGUCCGGUUUGGCUAGCUUCGGCCUUUUAGGAUACUUGGGGCAUGGAGUGAGUGUCUUGGGCACUAUGGUGCCCUUCUUGGGUCUGGCGGUGGGCGUUGACGUUAUUUUCUUGAUGGUGUCUUCAGUGAACGCCGUGGGGCCGGACGUGAAGAACAUGGAAGAGGUCAUGGUGAAAGCCCUCCCCCGUGGGGGCAGAGCAGCAACGACCACGACCUUGACAUCAGUUUGCGCCUUCUCCAUCGCGGCUGCCACAAGCGCGGAUCUUCCCAGCUUCUUCUGGUUCAACAUUGGCCUGGUUCUGGUUCUCAUCAUGAACUGGAUAGGCAUGGUGAUCAUGUUCCCGGCGAUGAUCACACUGAGCCAACGCAACAUGACCGUCCGUGAGGAGCCGAAGAGUGGCUUUGCUGCAAAGGCGAGAUUGGCCAUGGGAGGCGGACGCAGACUUCGGGGUAUCAUGACUGCGAAGCUCGGCUAUGCCGUCCAGCGCAGCCUGUCUUUCCAAAUCUUUGGAGCCUCAGCAUGGAUUGCACUGACUCUACUUGGCAUCUGCUUCGGGCUCCAGGUGGAACGGGGUAUGCCGGACACGGAUUUAGUGACCGACUCCUCCCGUGUGAACGCAUAUUUCGAGGAUGUCGAAAGCUCCUUUGUCGGAAGUCUUCCCAUUGAGCUUGGUCUUGUCUUGGACUCACCGAGAACUCUUGACGCAUCAUAUCGGAGUCGCCUGUCGGAGUUGAUAGCAGCACUGAAUAACAGGUCGGAUCUAGUCUUGCCCGUGGAUUGUUGGCUCCAGCGCGCAGUCGGCUCCUUGAGCAGUUCCGCGUCCAUGUGCGAGGUGGACACUGCCAUCCUCAUGUACUUGAACCAGUCAGAUGUGAGUGGCCGGGAUGCCAGGGGUGGUGUCACAGAGCAUUUGCGAGCGGCGAGGUGUCGGGCCUUUCUGUGGCAGCCGACGGAUGCUAAAAAGCGCAGUGAGCAAGCGUCGGACAUUAUCAGCCAAGUAAAGGAGGGCUUUCCGGAGCUGGAGGUCAUCCCAUAUCACUUGAGCUUCCCGACGCAGACAGCUCGCUACCGGAUCAUCAAGGAUAAGACUUUCAGCACGGCCGGUUUUGCCUUCGUUGGGGUGUUCCUUGCAGUACUGAUCACGAUGCCUGUUCACCUUGCCAUGCUGGCACUGGCUAACAUAAUGGCUGUGACAUCAGUUCUGUUCGGAUUUAUGUGGGUUUGCGGUAUCACCAGCAACCUCAUUUCAUUUACAGUUUGUGUCAUGACGAUCGGAUUUUGCGUCGACUACAGCUGCCACGUUGUGCACUUUGCCGACCACGGUGUGUCGCCGGGGACACCUUGGGACCAACGUAUGCGGCUCUCACUAGAAUCCUGCAGCUUUGACGUGCUUCAGGGAUGUUUGACAGCCUUCCUUGGCGUGGCUAUGCUCGGGUUUGGCUCAGCACAAGCCUUUAGGAUCUUUGCUCUCCUCUCGGUCAUCAUAACGCUCGUCGGUGGCUUCUUUGCGCUCAUUGGCUUGCCGUGCUUGCUGGCGCUCCUGUCAAGAGCGUGGCACGCCUGCGCGGGUCAGGCAGAGGAAUUCCUGAGUGAUGCCGUGUUGCCCGUGCCGAAGGGGACAGAAGCCAAGUUGGUGGAGACCCGAAAUUUGUUGCUUUCCGUGGAUCGCGUUUCCCUGUAG